UUCACCGGAUACACCGCAGUCCGCCGUCUUAGCCGUUAUUUCCGUCCCGUUCCUUCAAUUCCAGCUAGUACAGAUCACAUGGCAUGUUUACUUUGUGUCUUCCGCCCCAGUUUUAACGGAAAACGGCAGCAAAGUACUAAGGCCCCAUCGGAGUUCACAGGACCAAACGCUUACGAGCUCUUAGGCGUCUCAGAGACCAGUUCGUUCUCAGAAAUCAAAGCUUCCUUCCGUAAUUUGGCUAAGGAGACGCAUCCUGAUCUAUCUCAGACACGGUCAGAUUCAUCUGCUUCCAAACGAUUCAUUGACAUUCUCGCUGCUUAUGAGAUAUUAUCUGAUCCUGAGAGAAGGGCACAUUAUGAUCAGUAUAUCGUAUCUCAAAGAACGUUUGUUCACAAGCAAGUGAGGCAAAGGCAAGGUUCAGUUAUCUACAAGUAUGAAUCUAACAAGCUAAUGGAUAGAGAAAUGGAAGUUGUUGAAUGGUUGAAAUGUUAUAGAUUUGCGAUCAAGGAUAUAGUGUCAGGUAAAAGAGAGGUGGUUGGUUCAGGAUAUUUUGACGAAUUGGAAAGGGAUUUCCGCUCAGCUAUACACGCUGCAUUUUAUGGCCCUGAGAUUGAUUCGGUUGAUUUGCUUCCUGAGUGUUUUGAAGCUGAAGAGAGGUCUGUACCUUAUACACCAGAUAUCCUCCACUUAGUCUCAGGACGUGACCUCUUUGGGAUGGUACUUGUUGCCAACACCGGAAAAAUAUCAUCUUUUGAAUAUGGCCCCCUCUGUUCUAUUAACAGUACCAGCGGAGAAGUGGAUUCGACUGUAGCUCCAAAUGGACCGUGUCAACAACAAAAUAGACAUGGUGGUCGUUUUGAAUCAGAUACCUAUAAGGAUUUAGAAUUACACAUAUGUGGAAGGCUUGUAGCUAUGGCAAGUAGGGUUCGACCAAACCGUAAUACUAAUCAGUCACAAAAUGAGGAUACUGAGGAUGUCAUAUAUGUUUAUCUUAUUCCCCCUGAACAUGCAACAUGUCGCCAAAGGCUGCCCAGGAUACUGUUAGGAACAAUAAAUGGAAUGGGGACGGGUCCAGAGGAAGGAUCAUGUGAUGUCUAUGACCAUAAUGGUGUACAAACUCACGUGAUUAUGAAGCAUAGGACAUUGUUGGUGAAACACAUGCAUUGGUACCAUAUAGGAGACGAAGUGUCUGUUUGUGAAUGCAGAUGCAGUAGAGCUCGCUUGCCUCCCAGCAAAUUUUGGUUGUUUGAGCCUCGCUGUGGGAUGCACGAUAUUGGAGGUUGGUAUGUGGAGACAUUUGGUCGGGAUAAGAAAGGCCGAACCGUCCCCUCCCAGAGACAUUGGGAUGGGUUAGAUGCAAACUUCCAUUUUGACAAGAAACUCCACCCAGCAAUGUAUUUGCUUGCACUUGCUUAUAGAACUCUAGAUAUUGAAGAUGCAAGAUUAAGGAGGCAAAGUAUUAAGGAUAUUGUUGCAAGUCAAAUGCUUAGAGUUGUCCGUUGGUGUAAGACUCGUGUGUUAAGGGCGUGAGAUACUUGGUUUAUACUAGCAUAAAACAAAAUCUUUAAACCAGAGAGAUUCCUCAUCAUUGACCUGAAUUGAAGUUGAAAAUUACUUCAACGACGCAAAAAGUUGAUAAUGACUCCAUGCCUGUACUGGAAGAAGGCACAGCUGCUAUCCCUACCAAUGCCUACAAUGGUUAGCUUUGAAUCUCACGCCAAGCAUUGCCUACCAUGAUUCAUCUCUGCCAAAAUUGAGGUGCCGUGUGACGGCGUGAUCGAAUUGUAUUGUGUUCCCAUAGCAUGGAUCUAUGUUUGCUGCGAACCUUUUGCUCACGAUGAACCUUUUUGUGCCAUCCAUGAAAAAGGAAUUUCAGAUAUUUUAGACAAAUGAAGGUUCAAAUUUGGGUGUCCAUUGCCAAUGGAGUUACAAGAGUAGUUAUUAUUGAUAAUGUUUUAAAUUCAGGGGUAAGCUACAUUCAUCUUGACCCUAAACCCAAUGGAGUUGGGAUAUUAUUGGGUUUUAUUGUUGUUGAAGAUUGGAAUUUGGACAAGGAAAGAGUUGUCACUGAAGUGCCAUGGGUCUACAAACAUGGUAUGUUAUGCAAUAAAACUGUAAGUAUUACUCCCUCCAUCCCAAAAUUAACUUCUCAUGUGAAAAUGAUACGGAAUUAAGGAAUUGUGGUUAAAUUUUUUAGAGGGGAGAGGGAGACAAUGUGAACCACAUAUUUCUAUCCUUACAAGGAAUGAACAGAUUAUUGUGGGACAUCCAAAAAAGGGAGAAGAUGAUUUUUUGAUGGGAGUAAUUUUUCUCUCUCCGUUCGUAAAAACCUUUCUAUUUUGAAAAAAAGGUGCGCUUUAAAAAUGUGUGAUGUUGGUGUUAUUUUCAAAUUAGAACUCGUGUGUUCUACAUAAGAAGCAAUAAAGACUUGGAGCUUGUUCACUAUAACAUUACUUAUAGGAGUUAUAGGGACUCUUGCUCGAUGAAAUUUUAUUUGGCUGAAAGAAUAUUGCGCAAACGAGGUUCUUUCUUUUAGUCAAUUACUCCGUAAACUUUGUUGUUUAGAUAUUGAUACAAAUGAAAUACUUAAUAUUAUAAAAAUUCAGGAAGUAAAUUGGAAACAAAUUGUUUAGUAACAUGUUAACGAAUACUAGCAGUUUGUUUUUUUUCUUCAAAAUUUGCUAUCUUCACGGAGAGCUAAAGAAUUUGUAUUUGAUUGAGAGUAAGAAAUUAUCUAAUUCAAAUAGAAGUUUUUUCAAAAAAUUUGAGUGGCAUGUCAUUUCUAAUUGACAAACAUUUUAAUAUAUUUUAAACUAAUUUCUUGGUCGAGGGCUGACUAUUGACUAUGA